AUGGCUGAAAGCAAAGUUACGAUCGCUCUGAAAGCGGGAACCAUCAUUGGUCAGAAGGGGUCGCUUCCGAAUGGGAGCGAUUCGUUUGUCUUCAAAGGUAUUCCGUAUGCAGAGCCACCGAUCAAUGAGCUUCGCUUUAAGUCUCCGGUGCCGCUGGUGUCGUUUGCUAGCGACCCGCUGGAAUGUCUCGCCGAUGGUCCGUCCUGUUGGGCCGACGACAAGAUGUUCGGACUGCCGAUCGCAGGGCACAAGUCGGAGGACUGUCUGUACCUGAACGUGUUCUCGCCGGAUUUGCAACCCAAAGCGUUACUUCCGGUGAUGGUGUGGAUACAUGGCGGAGGGUAUAUCAUCGGAUCCGGACACUCGGCCCUGUACGAUCCGGAGUACAUUGUGCAGCAAGGAGUCGUAGUGGUGAGCAUCAACUAUCGUCUUGGCCCCCUCGGCUUUCUGUCGCUACCUGGCGUCGGAAUUACCGGCAACAUGGGACUCAAGGAUCAACGGUUGAGCUUCGUAUGGGUGAAGGAUAACAUCGAACGGUUCGGGGGUGACCCGAACAAUGUCACGAUAUUUGGUGAAAGUGCUGGCGGUGCAUCGGUACACUUGCACUACUUGAGUGAAGGAUCGAGGAAAUACUUCCACAAGGCUAUCGCCCAAAGUGGUACAGCGUUCAAUGACUGGGUGUGGCAAAGGGAACCGGGCCGUCGGGCUAGAAAGCUGGCCCGUUUGCUCGGAAACGUAAAAAGUGAUGCGGACGAGGACGUGCUUGCGACACUUAUGGAGGCAUCCGCCGAAAAACUAAACACGAUUCAGUUCCAAGCCUUGACCGAGUACGAGCAAUCGGCGAUCCUUUGCUUUCCGUUCAGUCCGGUCGUUGAGCCGCACGGAACCGUGGAUCCAAUCCUUACGGAACAUCCGGCAUCAGCCGCGAAACGGCGUUUCUACAGAGAGAUUCCACUGGUGCUCGGUACGACGAAAGAGGAAGCACUGGGUGUGUGGUCCAUGAUUGAGGCAAAGUUUUCGUUGUUCCAAAACGAUCUCUUCCGGUUGCUGCCGGUUACACUGAACGUAUCGGAUGAGGAGGGCAAGAAACGCGCCGUCGAGCUGACCAAGGAGUUCUUUUUGAAAGAUCGAUCGCUUUCACCGGAAAACAUGAAGGACAUAAUUCCGAUUUUGAGCGACAAUUUCAACACGUUCCCGCUCUAUGUUGCCGCCGAACUGCAUGCGCGCAUUCAAAGGGCUCCUCUCUAUUGCUUCGUGUUCUCCUGUUCGAGUGACUUGAGCGUAGUGCGCAAAUUUUUCAAUACGCCUCUAAACGAAACCGACGCUGCCCAUGGUGAUGAUACGUACUAUCUCUUCAGCUCUACGCUCUACAACACCGCCGCGGUCGAGGAACAUUCGGAAGCGGCCCAGUUGAGGAAGUUUAUUUGCGGUUUAUGGGCCGACUUAGCACGGAACGGAAAUCCUAGCUCCAGUUUGCCCAGCUGGAUGGCCGUGCCCCAUUUGGAUGACGAUUCGCAAGAAUUUCAACUUCCGGCUAUGGAGCUGCGAGGCCUCGAACAAGCCAACUCUAUGGUGCCGGAUUGCUUCUCCGAGAGAUUCAAAUUCUGGAAGAAGCUGUACGCAAUGUUCAACGGAUCUCAUCUGCUCCCGAACAUCGAUUAAAUGUGCCUUCUAUUGAAAGAG